ACCAAACGACACUCUCAGAAUUUUAUCGAUCCGCUCGAAUUGUUUACAUUCAAAUUAAAAUCAAUAUAUUUCUGUCCACGAUGAUUCUAUCCAUGAAUUACUUAUAGUAAUCAAUCUAGUGUCAUCCUGUAAUCUAUAACGUAACAUUCUCGGGAUGUCCUUGUUUAAAACGCGAGAGUUUUGGACAACUCAAAGCGAAGAUGUCGAAUACUUCGAUCAGAAUUCCAUGAUCACCACCUCUUUGAACGGUGAUAGUAACUACGUGAUAACAGGAAGCCAGAGCGGGGUUUUGAGAAUUUUUAAGCCCUCAUGCGAGAUAGUCGACAAUGACAUUAAUGGGUUCCUUCCAACGGAUUUGGUAGUCGAGAAGGUUUUCGAUCAACCUAUUUUACAGAUCGGAUGCGGCAGGCUUGUAUCGGGAUCUCUGGUCUAUCAAACUGCUAUACUAAAUCCUAGAUAUCUCUCUAUAUAUUUAUUGAAAAUUAAAGAAAGCUCCGUUGAACAUAUUACUCAAACUACAUUUGAAGUCAUAUAUGACCACCACCUUCAAAGAUCGGCAGCUAAUUUUACUAUAGGCCAAUUCGGUGGUUCCCAAAACAGAGAUUUCAUUUGCGUACAAUUUCUAGAUGGGAUGUUGAGUUUUUACGAGCAAGAAAAUCUGACGUUUUCUUGCUUCCUGUCUGAUUUUCUGCUUCCCAGUCCUAUGACCUACGUCAAAAAAACGGACAGUUUUAUUACAGGGAAUGGAAAUUGGGCGAUAGUAUCUUACAAGUACAACACCCUUUCUGAAUCAGGAGACCAAAAAGAUGUUAAAUCGAAUUUAUCAAAUAAGGCGAUACCUGUGUGGACCUACAAUCUGGGUGAAAGUAUCAUUGACAUACGUGUAGUAGAAGACGAUGUAAAUAAACUGAAUUACAUCAUGAUUCUCGGUGAAAAAAAUUUGUACUGUUUAUUUGACUCUGGAAGACUGAAUUUUAUGAAAAAAUUAGAAUAUUCUCCUGUUUGCUUUGAAGUUUAUUUAAUAAAUGAAAAAUUUUUCUCUUUGGUGGUAUCAGAAACCACCAACCUCUUGGUAUACGAAACGACGACUCUAAAAUGGUCUGCCAAACUUCAAUUCUUACCUAUCAGUAUCAGAAGAGCCUUCUUUAAAAAUGUAAAAGGAGUUCUAGUUUUUUUAUCAGAAGAAGGUCGAUUGGAAUGUUCGUAUUUGGGAACGGAACCAAAUUUAUUUGUCGCACCACCAUUGAUCGAAAGAGAACUGGAUUUAGAAAAAGUCGAAGACGAAUUAUCUAAUUUAAAUAAAAUGAUUAAAGAUACUUACGGAAAUGAUUUGAAACUCACCAACAAAAACGCAGAUAAGGAAAUCAACAUAAAAAUCAACGUAGACAAAAAUUUAGAACCUUGUAUCUUCGAAACAAAUUUAAAAGACGUUCCAAACCUUCAAAUGUGCACUGUCAAUAUAGAAGUGAUACCUCAAAUGGCUUUCGACGAAGUCCAAAUAAGUUUAGCCGUAUCAAAACCUUUAAAAGUAGAACCUAGUACGCAAUUUUUUAUAAACCCAGAUGAACUGAUGGCUGUUAAAUGUCACGUUUACUUGUCUGACGAUAUGAACGUGCCAAGUUUGUUUCUAAACGUCGUUGUUACAGUAAUAUCGUCCUUGGGGGUUCCCAGAAACUUUAAUAAAGCAGCCAUGUUGCCUUUAAGUUUGGUGGCUGAAGUUUGUCCUGCGCAUAAAGAGGGUGAUCAUAAAGUAACUUUGAAUAUUAAUCAGAAUAUGGUGCCUUUGCUCAAUUUAUUUCCAGAAUUUGCAGAAGACACCAAGUCCACCAGCUCUAUAGCGUUCAAAAGUUUAUCAACCAACGCGCAACCUGUGACAAUCCUUCUUGCUAAAUCCUCCGAGAGGUACAGGAUUCAAACAUCCUCAUUUACAUCCUUGAGUUUCGUGAUAGAACAGUUAAUUCAUCGCUUGACGAAGCAUCAUUCGAAUAUAGACGAAUUUAAAAUGCUUUUCAAUUCUUCAUUACCUUCUAACGAAGUCAUUGCCUACGUUAAAAACCAUUUUACUAAAAGACGAGAAGUUUUUGAAUUAGAGGAUUUCCUCGACCAACUGAGUGCCCAGUUCAGAACAAUCCAAAAACGGUUGAUAUCGAAAUUCAAAGUGAAAAACCCGACACCUCUUACUAAUUUAGAAAUUCUAAUCAAGGAUACUUACACGGAAAUAUUGAAAACAGUUUUGAAAUUACAAGAAGCCAAUGGGGAAUUAUUCAAGGCCCAGACGGAACUGACUUGCGCAUUGAAUUUGAUAGGAAACUUGAUCAAAAUUAUGAAUAUCGAUGAUAAGUUGAAAGAAAUUUUAUUGUCCGUUUUUUGCCCUAGUGUCGAAGAUUUGGAUUCACAGAAUUGGGAAGAUGUUAUGGACUCUACAUUAUGCUAUCUAUUAAGAACAUAUUUAGCAAAAUCUGAAAAAGAUAAAUUAAGAAUAUCACAAACGAACGUUGAAAAAGUUACAGAUAUUUCGAAAAUGGAAAAACACCUUGUACAAGUCUUGGAACGUAUAUCGAAAACAGAAAAUAUAUCUUUAGAACAAAUAGAAGACGGCAUUGAAGAAGAGCAACCAAAUCCGGAAUUGGAAAAAGAAGAAGUGAAACCACUAGGAAGCCAAUUUGGAGAGGCCAGUAUGCGAAUACUUUCAGCUAGAAGAAGCUUGUCCCGAAGACGGCACAAAAAAGACGAACAAUAAGAAUAAUGUUAGGCCUUAGAG